AUGGAAGGGUCUAGCGGCUCCAGUUUUGGAAUAGACACGAUUUUGUCUAAUCCCAGGUCCGGCAGCCCGGGCAUGAUGAACGGGGACUUCCGAGCGGCCCACGGCGAGGCCCGUGCGGCGGAUUUUCGCAGCCAAGCCACCCCUUCCCCCUGCUCGGAAAUAGACACUGUGGGGACGGCUCCCUCGUCGCCCAUCUCGGUCACGGCGGAGCAUCCGGAGCAGCCGCCGCAGCAGCAGCAGCAUUUGGCUCAAGACGCGCUCCCUGCACAGCAUCUUCACCUCCAUCACCCGCAGCAGCAGCAACAGCAAAGUUUGCAGCCAUCUCCCCAGCAGCAGCAGCAGCAACAACAACAACUGGGUUCGGGCAGCUGUGCCCCCAGGACUUCCACUUCUUCGUUUCUCAUCAAAGACAUUUUGGGAGACAGCAAACCGCUGGCGGCUUGUGCACCUUACAGCACCAGCGUCUCGUCCCCGCAUCACACCCCCAAACAAGAGAGCAACGCGGCCAGCGAAAGCUUCCGGCCAAAGCUGGAGCAGGACGACAGCAAAACCAAACUGGACAAACGCGACGACUCCCAAAACGAGCUGAAAUGUCACGGGACAAAGGAAGAAGGAGACCGUGAGAUCUCCAGCAGCCGAGACAGCCCUCCUGUGCGAGCCAAGAAGCCCCGCAAGGCGCGGACGGCCUUCUCGGAUCAUCAGCUCAACCAGCUGGAGAGGAGCUUCGAGAGGCAAAAGUAUCUCAGCGUCCAAGACCGCAUGGAUUUGGCGGCGGCCCUCAACCUGACCGACACGCAGGUCAAAACCUGGUAUCAAAACCGAAGGACAAAGUGGAAGCGGCAGACGGCCGUGGGCUUGGAGCUCCUGGCCGAAGCGGGGAAUUACUCGGCUCUGCAGCGGAUGUUCCCGUCGCCCUACUUCUACCACCCGAGCCUGCUAGGCAGCAUGGACAGUACCACGGCGGCCGCGGCGGCCGCAGCUAUGUACAGUAGCAUGUACCGGACUCCUCCGGCGCCUCACCCCCAGCUGCAGAGGCCUCUUGUCCCCCGGGUGCUGAUCCACGGCCUUGGACCCGGAGGGCAGCCGGCCCUCAACCCUUUGUCCAACCCUCUCCCGGGGACCCCCCACCCGCGGUGA